AUGAAGUUCAGUUCUUCACUCAAGUUCAAUGCCGUAGCUGACUGGUGGGACGAAUACAUUGCGUACGAUGCCCUCAAGAAGUACAUAUACCAGCUGGAAAAGCAGCAAGCCGGGCAUGAACAUCUCCUGUUACACGACAUCGAAUCCAACGAGCACAGCUCUUUGCUUCGCCAGGGCGACGCAUCGAAUACCGAUAGCCUGUUCAUUCCCCUCCUCGACCGCGAACUCAAGAAGAUCGUUCUCUUUUACGAACACCAAGAGAAGGAACUUCUUGACGACUUGGAGGAGUUAGAGAAGGAUGUUGCAUUGCAGGAGGAGAUAGGUCUGCGUGGUGGAGAACACUACCAGGAUUUUGACGAGGAAGAUGAAGAAGACGACGACAGUAUCUCCAGGAGCCCCGUCGGCACGAGGCGACGAAGGAAGUCCAGUUCUGCUGCAAGGGGCCAGCGGCUGCCAGGCGGUCCGAGUGGUCUUCCGGACGCCUCGCCUAUACUCCGCAGGCAAAGCAUAUCAUCGAACGAAGAUGAUGGGCCUGGUCUCGAGACGAGUUAUGCGUCAUUGCAGCCACCAAAGAGGGGUACCCUUAGCAAACUGCAAACCAAGUUCACCAACAUGAGGGACAGCAUCACGUCGAGUGCGAGUGCAACUGUCGAGCACACGAUCUGGACAUCUCAGUCCGACUACGCCUACGACACAAGGUUGCUCUACAAGCGUCGAAUUACUAACCUGUACAUCUCCUUCACGAAUCUCAAGUCGUAUGUGGAGAUAAACUAUUCUGGGUUCCGGAAAAUCAUCAAGAAGUAUGACAAGGUCACUUACUCUGAGUUGAAGGACCGUUACCUACAUGAAGUCGUCGAGGUUGCUCUGCCAUUCACUCAAAUUGCGAAAGACCGGGUGAACGAUGCCCUCAACCAUCUGCACGACCUGUACGCCAAAUGCGUGUCCCGUGGGGACAAAAACCUUGCCCGACAACAGCUACGCCUGCACCAACGGGAGAACAUCGCUUGGGAGCGCGACACCGUCUGGAGACAGAUGAUUGGUCGUGAGCGACGAGGAGAGGGCGACACAAUCGACACCGCUGGAGCAACGUUGGUGCAGGAACCUGAGCCAGCGAUAGUUGACAUUCCGACGCCUGUGGGCAAAUUCAAGAUCACGAAGCGAAAGAUCCUCAAGGUCCUGGCAGCGUUCUUGUUCGCAAUCAUGCUGAAUGUGCAAGUCGUUGAAAGUGAAGAGGCCAAUCGAUGUUUUGCUAUUCUGACACUUUGUACUUUCCUUUGGGCUACUGAGGCGAUACCCCUUUUCGUGACUUCGAUGUUUGUUCCUCUUCUGUUGGUGCUCUGCCGUGUUAUCCGCGACAACGACGACGUAAGAAUGAGCCGGACUGAUGCUACAAAAUAUGUCUUCUCUAUUAUGUUCUCUCCCACCAUCAUGCUCCUCAUCGGCGGCUUCACAAUUUCUUCUGCCCUCAGUAAGACCAAUAUCGACCGCGUCUUGAUCACACGCGUGUUGAAUCUUGCUGGCACCCGCCCAAGUACCGUCCUUCUUGCAUUCAUGGGAGUGUCCUGCUUCGCAUCCAUGUGGAUUAGCAACGUUGCCGCCCCCACACUAUGCUUUACGUUAAUCCGGCCUAUUCUUCGGACCCUUCCACCCAAAUCGUCAUUCGGACCGUGCCUCAUCCUCGCUAUUGCAUUGGCGGCGAACAUCGGCGGACAGAGCUCGCCCAUCUCGUCACCUCAGAAUCUGAUCGCCUUGCAGUACAUGGAUCCGCCACUGGACUGGGGCCGGUGGUUUAUCGUCGCACUUCCCGUCUCGGCCAUAUCUAUCCUCAUCAUUUGGCUGUUCCUUUUGGUCUCCUACCAUCCGGCACGGUCUCCGGAUGGCGAGGGAGACAUUGAGAUCAAGCCGAUACGCCCCACCCGUGAGGCAUUCACUCUGAAGCAGUAUUGGGUUACUUUCGUGUGCAUCGUGACCAUUGGUUUGUGGUGCAUUGCCCAUCAGAUCGAGGAGUACGUUGGCGAUAUGGGGGUCAUCGCUAUCAUCCCCAUUGUGGCUUUCUUCUCGACUAACGUCCUCAAGAAGGAUGACUUCGAACAUUUCAUGUGGACGAUUGUAUUCUUGGCUAUGGGAGGUAUCGCUUUGGGCAAAGGCGUGGUCUCUAGUGGACUGUUGGAUGUCCUGGACGUCGCUAUUCGAGACCUCGUCACAGGGGUCUCGCUUUAUGGGGUCGUACUGAUUUUAUCACCUGUCGUAUUGGUUGUCUCGACUUUCAUCAGUCACACGAUAGCCAGUGUCCUACUGGUUCCAAUUGCACAAGCAGUCGGAAAAAGUCUUCCAGGACAUCAUGAAAAUCUGCUCAUCUUUAUCACCGGCCUCAUCUGUUCGACGGGAAUGGGGAUGCCCGUCUCUGGGUUCCCAAAUCAAACUGCAGCUACCCAGGAGAACGAAUUGGGCGAAGCGUAUCUGACCAAUGUAGAUUUCCUCAAGAACGGGGUUCCAGCGAGCAUAAUUGCCACGCUGGUCGUCUCCACCGUUGGUUUUAUUCUUAUGAGAGUCAUUGGGUUGUAA